AUGCGCGACAUCUCCCAAGCCACCGGACUGUCCAUGGGCACGCUGAGCCGACGCCUAAAAGACGGAACGAUUGAGCGCAAGAACACUCAAGUGACCUACGAGUUUGACGCCAUGUGGGACGUUGUGCACCUCGACGAGAAGUGGUUUAACGCGGACAAAGACCGCCGAAAGGUGUACGUCGUCAAAGGGCAGUCCAUCAAGCGGCCUGCGGCGAAGAUUAAGCGAUUCAUUCCUAAAGUUAUGUUCCUGGCAGCAGUGGCACGUCCUAGACACGAUGAUGAGCGUGGUGUCAUGUUGGACAGAAAGAUCGGGAUGUGGCUUGUCGUGAUGUACCUGCCCGCCGCCCGCAACUCCCGCAACCGCCCCGCCGGCACGAUUGUCCCUACGAUCGUCAACGUUGAUGCAGUAUUGUACCGCGACUACGUCAUCACAAGGGUCGUACCUGCGAUCAAGGCCAAGUUUCCAAGCGUCAACAAGAGAGUGGUCCUUCAACAUGACAAUGCGACGCCGCACGGUGCUAUCACCGACGCAAUCUUGGAAUGUGUGUCCACCGAUGGUUGGACGUUUGUGGUGCAGCGCCAACCGCCCAAUAGCCCAGACCUGAACGUGCUCGACUUGGGGUACUUCGCCUCCAUUCAGUCUCUACAAAACAAGGUGGUGAGUCACUCCAUUGAUGACGUGAUUCAAUCGACGCUUGCAUCCUUUGAGGCGCUCAGCUCUGAAAAGCUUGAGAAUGUCUUCCACACUUUUCAGGCCGUCAUGCGUCUUGUGCUUGAGCACAACGGUUCCAACCACUUUCCCUUACCCCAUCUCACGAAGGACGCCAAGCGACACGCCGGGACACUUUCGGCAAACAUGUCCUGCCCAGCUUCCCUCAUAGGCUAG